AUGAGAACUGACAACUCGGGAUGCUGCCGGCGGCGAUUCGGCGGCGUUGCCACGUUUGGCAACAUCAAGGCGACGUUGCCAAAAAAGCAGCAACACCUGGCGACGUUGCCACAAGAAGCAGCAACGUUGCUUUUUGUCGCCAGAUGUUUAACUUCAAUUCUUGCUCCCGGCGACAGAAGGCAACGUUGCCAAAAUGUAAAACACUGCGACGCAAUUCUGCACAAUCAAGAAGUUUCGAAAUUUUUGUUUUUUUUUUCUUUUUGGCCUAAAUUGUGUUUUUCUGCUAUUUUCAGUGAGUUAAUCAUGAAUAUUACUAUAUUUCAGCAUGUAUCAAGCAAGGGAUUGAUGGUUUCGUUGGAUUUCAUCGUAGAAAAUUGAAUACUUCGAAAACAAAUAGGAAAACUGAUUGAAAAGGUUAGUUGACUAUACAAUUUCUUAUUUACUAUUUUUGAAAGUAUUAACUUUAAACAUUUCAGUUUGUGCCAUUCAACGAGUGAUUUGAAAAUCAUCGAUGACUACUCAAUUGCUCAAGACUAUUGGAGGAGACUAGGAUUAAGAAACUUUGUUGAAAAGUGAGUUGUUUUCGUUAAUUUAAAGGUCCCGUAACGUCGCAAGAUUCAGUGAUCUUAAACACUUCUCUAUGCUUUUUUAUGUUGAUUGAAGUCGAAAAAAAAAUUUUUCUGAUUCACCAUGAAAAAAAAGGACCAAAAGUAACACAUUAAAAAAUCAGUCUAAAAAUGUUGGGUCCACGGCCGAGAAAACCAAAUGAGAUCGAACAAACGCGCGCUACUGAUAACCGAAAAAAUAUUUUCUUUUCGCGAAAUUUUUUCUAUUGGUUUUUGGCGUUUUUUGCAGUUAUUUCGAUAGGAAUGAAUGGAAUGAACCUGGAAAUAGAAUGGACAAGGAAAUUUAAUCGAAAAACAAAAAAAAAGUCUUGAAAAUUGAGCAAAAAUGACAGAAAACAGAGCAAACAACGUUUUUUCAGAUUUGCAACGCAGUUUUUCAAGUUUUUCUUCCUCAAACCUUGAUAUUAUCCAGAUGUACAGUGCUCAUUUUGAAGAGGAGAAAAUUCUCAACAAGAGGUUUUGAGUUUUUGGUUGGAAAUUGUCGAUUUCACAAGGCACAGCUGGUUGAAGAAAUGUUCGAUAUCAAACACACAUUCUCAAAAUGUGACGCGAAAUUCUUGUUCUGGCUCGGAUUUGAUGAAUUCUUGGUUUUAUUCAAUGGUUGAUACAUCAUUAGAACCAGAAUUUUAUGGCGAUUCUUCUGACAUAUGACAAUCAUAGUGAAAGAAUAGAUUUUGAUGAUUUCCACUCGCUUGCGAAAAAUACGAAAAUUUCGAUAAAUUUUUCAUUGAUUUUCAAACCUCACCCAAGAACCUGGAGAAGUAGGAAAAAAAUUGCCCACCUGGGUUUAUUUUCAAAAAUUGCCCACCUAGUAAAAAAAUUUUUGCCCACCGGAGGCUCGCCUUAAAGACGCUAAAAAUUUUGCCCACCUGAGGCUCGCCUUAAAGACCCUAAAAAUUUUUGCCCACCUGAGGCUCGCCUUAAAGACCCUAAAAAUUUUGCCCACCUAGGUUUUUCGAAAAAAAAAUUGCCCACCUAGGUUUUUCGAAAAAAAAUUGCCCACCUAGGUUUUUCGAAAAAAAAUUGCCCACCUGGAAUUCCAGGUGUUGGGUGAGGUUUGAUUGAUUUUAGCGAUUUGAGCUUGACUUUUUUCAAAAUUUGAGAAAAUAAACAUCACAAAUGCUCAAUUUCAUUCAGUUUUCUUCUUUUCCGAAAACAUGAAAUGAGUUCAACGUAUGAACGGAUCAGAAAACGAGCUAAUUUGAGAAAAUUCAAAAUUUUGUAAAGAAUUAUCGGAAUAAUUCUACUGAAUCGAGUGAUAUCUCAUGGUAAAAUAUCGAAAUGACUUUUGAGUAUACUGCUCUGAGAAAUCGAGAGAAAAAAUUGAGAAACUCACGCUCAAAUCGCUAAAAUCAAUGAAAAAUUUAUCGAAAUUUUCGUAUUUUUCGCAAGCGAGUGGAAAUCAUCAAAAUCUAUUCUUUCACUAUGAUUGUCAUAUGUCAGAAGAAUCGCCAUAAAAUUCUGGUUCUAAUGAUGUAUCAACCAUUGAAUAAAACCAAGAAUUCAUCAAAUCCGAGCCAGAACAAGAAUUUCGCGUCACAUUUUGAGAAUGUGUGUUUGAUAUCGAACAUUUCUUCAACCAGCUGUGCCUUGUGAAAUCGACAAUUUCCAACCAAAAACUCAAAACCUCUUGUUGAGAAUUUUCUCCUCUUCAAAAUGAGCACUGUACAUCUGGAUAAUAUCAAGGUUUGAGGAAGAAAAACUUGAAAAACUGCGUUGCAAAUCUGAAAAAACGUUGUUUGCUCUGUUUUCUGUAAUUUUUGCUCAAUUUUCAAGACUUUUUUUUUGUUUUUCGAUUAAAUUUCCUUGUCCAUUCUAUUUCCAGGUUCAUUCCAUUCAUUCCUAUCGAAAUAACUGCAAAAAACGCCAAAAACCAAUAGAAAAAAUUUCGCGAAAAGAAAAUAUUUUUUCGGUUAUCAGUAGCGCGCGUUUGUUCGAUCUCAUUUGGUUUUCUCGGCCGUGGACCCAACAUUUUUAGACUGAUUUUUUAAUGUGUUACUUUUGGUCCUUUUUUUCAUGGUGAAUCAGAAAAAUUUUUUUUCGACUUCAAUCAACAUAAAAAAGCAUAGAGAAGUGUUUAAGAUCACUGAAUCUUGCGACGUUACGGGACCUUUAAAAUAAAUAUAACUUUGAAACUAAAUCCACUUUUCCUUGGAUACUUUUCCAAGAAUAAAUCUUGAACAAAAAGUUUUGAGAAAUUUCCUGUAUUUGACCGAAUACACUUUCAAAAAGAAAAUGCACACAAAACUAGUGUAUUCAGGAGCCCGACCACUUAAUUCUUAACCUUAAUUCUCAAGUUUCUACAUUUCCCAAGUUCCAAAUUUUAGUUUGUCAAAAAAGAACCGUUUUCCAAUAAGUUUGUCAGCAAUUUAGUUCGAAAAUAACAUUUGGGAAAAAUUCAAAAUUCAAUUCAAAAAUGAAAAAUCAGGCUAAAGUAUUUUAUAAUGAUGUUGUUCUUUUUCAGGUGA